UUGAGCAGAGAGCAAGCUUGAAAGUGUACAUGAAUUGAUGUGUCUUUCGGAAGUAGGACAAGGGACAGGACAAGGGUGAGUGGGACUAAAGAGUAGUGUGUGUACGGUAGCAAGAAUGAAAAAGGUGGGAAGAGUUAUGGAAGGGAGAUCAUAGAGAACGAAUGUGAGUGUUUUAGGGAGAGUGAAUGAGGGAGAGAGAGAGAGAAGGGGGAGGUUUCCUAAGUGCUUGUGCAUCAGUGACUGAUAGAGGACAACAUUGCAAGAGAGGUGUUAAGCAUGCAUCCGUCUCUAGUGUUAUCUGAGCGUGCUCAGAUGGGGUAGGAGAUACGCUGCACGGUACGAGGGCACAGUGGGAAAGCCUGGCAACUCUGUGGAAGCUUUUUAUAGACAUAUGGAGCAGCAAUAAAUCCCAACGACAUACAUUCUGGACAAAGCCUCAAAAGCCAAGAGAAGACAAGAUACUGAAAUUUUGGUGUGGGUUAGCUGAACUGGAUGUUCGGUACUCUCUUUGUCUCAGGGAGAUGGUUCUUCAUAGCAGUAUCUGUCAGGAUUGCCUCUGAGAGAAACAAUCUUUGGCUCGUCCUCCCAGGUGCCAUUCAAAUCGGAUGUGAUCUUUUUCUGCCAGCUCGAUUGGCAAUGUGACUUGUUCUUACCAUUCUUAGUGCACUUUUUGGAUACACAUAUUGUUUACAUCAAAUACUGAUGGCUCCUGCACUGAAGGCUUUGUCGUCAACAGAAAACACACUUUAUGGUAUACGUUUUUGAGAAAGUGGAGUUGCAACAGAGGAUGCAUAUGUGGAUGUGGAGAAUCGGUAAAACGAUUGACAGACGUCCCACAUAAGGAAGCAGACUGACUUUCGGGAUGUCACACACCUCUCAAAAUAGAAGCUCAAAAGGGUGUUUUAUUUAUUUAUUUAUUUGCUAGCUGUCUUAAGAACAAAGCUUCUUUCAUGCCAAAAAUGAUUCCAUUUGAUUUCAUUUCAACAUCAUACGGAAAAGAUCAAAGCUUUGCCGGGAACUAUUUGUUUCAGUGCUGAAACUAUUCCAAUUUUCUUGGUGCUCUUUCUUUUUGAAAGUUUUCCUUUUGAAUUUACUGAGAAAUACUAGAUAUUCCUUGACUGAUUUUAAAGUUUCCUAACAUCAGCAAAAAUAAAAAUAAAAAACUAUGCUAAGAUGUUUGGAGCAGAGAAUGGGCCUUUCAUUCAGAUAGGGUCAAACAACACUGUGGUGGGCUUCAGACAUGAAGACCAGUGUCCAGUCCCCUCCUGGCUGCCGCUGCUGCUGUCGUCCCUAUGUGAAGGAUGUUUCACGGCACUGUGCUAGGACCACUUGAACCGAGCCAGAGCCCUGACCGGAGAGCAGAGAUCCGCAGGCACAUUAAGAUGGUCAUGGAACAGCUGGAGGAAGUUCUUGCUGAGCUCAAGAACGUGGCAAAAGAGCUCCGGGAGGUUGUUGCACAGAUUGACAAGUUAACAUCAGAUAUCGACCUCGACUCAGACGAUGACCUGACACUAGUGUGUUGCAACGAGGACUGUGGUGACCUCUUGCACAAUGAGACAUUAUCCGACAACCACUUACUACACAUCCCUCUGCUAGACACGGUGUGUAACCCAACCACAGCCAAGAAACAAGAGCUCUACCACAGGAGCUGUGGAGACUUGCCUGCCCUCAAUGGACCAUUAAAGGCCGCAAAUAGCCCUAAAGCCUCCUGGCUCUUUGGAUCUGGAGGACGGCUCCAUUACUAUGACAAGACGCUAUAUCACGCGUUGUGCUGUGACGAUGAUGAUUACAAAGAAGAUCGAGGGGGAAUGAGAUCAUCAAGGCUGUCGUCCACCGAUUCUGUGUUUUCAUCUUCACCUCCGAGGUUUCUGACGCCCAGAUGUAAUCGUAAAACUUACUCCAGCCCGGACUCGAAGAAAAUAGCUCUCCGUAGCUGCAGUACGCAAACUGUUUCCGAUAAAAGCACACAAACACACCUCCCAUACAUUCCAGCCAAACAAAGAGCUUCAAGUGACUACAAGAACUGAAACGUUCUGCAAGCGCCCCUAAUUGAAACAUCUGUCAUUAAUUUCUCACCCUCAUGCUUCUCUGAAACCAUAUGACUUUCCUUUUUUCGGCGGAAGGCAAGUGAAGCUGAAAUAUGACAAAAACAACAACAACAACAUAAAAAUAGUCCAUGUGACUCAAUUACUACAUUUGAAAUCUUCUGAGGUUCACAAAACCAGUCUGAAUGAUUCGUUCAUAAAUCAGAGCUACUGCACUUUUAUGAUAUUUCAACAAUAUUUUCAUGUUGCUUUUGUCUUUUUAAGGCUUAAAUCAUGAAAAAGUGUGAUUGAAAUCUCUCUUUGUGUUCCACUGAAUGAUAAAAAUGUCAGCAAAAAGACAUGAGUGUGAAUAAAUGAACAGAAUUUUCAUUUCGGGGUGAACUAAUUAUUUAAAUAAGUUUGAAAUGUUUGUGAAGUGUGUCAUCUGUAUUUAUGAAAUGUUUAGGUCGAUGCUUAAUGAUAAUGAAUUACUGCCAUGGAAAAACCUCUGUUCUCAUGGAGUUUGCAAAGAACAAUUUAAACAUCAUUUGGAUUCAUUAUGAGGGAUUAUGCCAAUAUCGAAACAAUCAUGCAUCUCGGCAGAACAUUAACCCCAGUCCAAAGCCCCCUAAAGAGUGAGAAUUGGUUUCAGUCACACCCACACUGCGCAGAAAAUAGACAGAGUUAAAUUAAGCGAGUGGUACACUUCCCCAAAGAAUGUGCUUUAUAUUAAGCUGUUAUUUCUGAAUAAAAUGAUGAAUGCAA